AUGGCGCCCACUACACAAGCUGCGAGCAAGCGCAAGAGCGAGGAGACCACAGAAGCCGCUAAGCCCAUCAAGAAAGCAAGAGGGUCUGUUGGGAAAAAGAGCGAGGGAUCCAUAAGGAAAGCUCCGGAAUAUUUUCGCUUCCUCGAUCUUUCUCCUGAGUUACGAAACAGGGUAUACGAUUACGCGAACGAAGACGACUCAAGGAAUUAUGCUUUACGGCCCAGGCCUAUCCUCUCAAACUCGCCUCGCAAGUCUCACUCGGAGCGUGCCUGGAAGUUCUUGGCCUUGACCCAGGUCUGCACACAAAUUCGCGCAGAGUAUCGUCCUCUUUGGAUCCAACAUCUCCGUGUUAGAUUCGUGACAACAUCCGAAUGGACCCAUUUCGGCAACGCGUUUCUGCAUAAUGAAGGUGUGCACAAGCUGAUGCCGGGUUUGGUGCAGUUCUCGUGGGACCACCGCAACGACGGCAGAUCAACCUUCGACAUGAUGCCUCUGCUACAUUUGUAUGUGCAAUCUACCUCAUCAAAGGUAGCAUUCGUUCCGCACAUGCUUGCCACAAGUGGAUACACCGUGGAAGAUGAUGUGUGCCAUAACUGUUCCAAGAAUAUGGAGAUGGAAGAGCUUGGGUAUUCAAGUUACGGCGAUGAUGAUUGCGAAUGUCCAGAUUACUACUUGUGCCGCAGCGAGUGGAAGACUUUCAAGAAUAAGCAGAUGAGAUAUACCCGCACCAUGCAAAAGUUCAUUCAUAACUCGAACGAAAGCUGGGCCCAGGCUGUACGAGAGGAUAAACUGACGGUCACAUGCACAGUCAAUAAGACGGGCUGCCAUGUCACGUUCAAGAUACUCUACAAGGAACCAAUCUGCCAGACUACCACCGACUCCCAGCCGGCCCUGGACUUACUGGAGCAAUGGGGAAUCUUCGAUCUUCCGGUGAAGAGGUGUACCGACUUUGUGCUGGUGUACGAGGAUAAACAGGUUACGGAGAAGGAUGGUCGCAAGGGUAAAAUCACAAACUCGGUUGUGCGCAAAGUUCACGUUCACAAGAACCCACCGAAGGACGAAAACGAAGCAAUCGCCUAA